AUGAAGCGUUUUCAAUAUUUACUUUGGUUCGCUCACGAGCAUGUGUCUUUUCGGUUACACGAGAUUGAAGCUAUUGCUUCUGUACUGAAAAUACCUAUAAAAUGGAUUGAACCUCCAUCCGAUAAACCAUGGUAUCUGGUUGAGCUGCCAUCAGAAGAGGCUGUACAAAAAUUGUCAGCUCGUUCAGUAACUAUGAGACGUGCUAUACAUUUAUGGGCUGAUGAACCAACUGUGCCAAGACUUCAUGCAUCAUUAAAAGAAAAAUGUUUAAAUGGUUUACUUGAACCAUAUAAACUAAAAUCAUUCAAAGUAGAUGUAGAUUUAUUUUGUAAUUCACAAACACAGGAAGAGAAACUUGAACGUAUAGAAUCGUUCAGUUAUAUGCCAUUUCAAGGACACGUGGAUCUUAAAAAUCCAGAUGUUACGUUUCAAUAUAUUGAGUACUAUGGUUUGGAUCCAAAAAUUGUGCCAGAAAAUCCUACUCGUACAUUUUUUGGCCGAGUAGUGUCUGAGAGUGGACGCCCAUUAAUACAUGAGUUAUCAUUAAAAAAGCGUACAUUUAUUGGCAAUACUAGUAUGGAUCCACAGCUUUCCUUAUUGAUGGCAAAUUUAGGAAAAGUUUCUAACGGUGAUUUAGUAUUGGAUCCAUUUGUUGGAAGUGGUUCAUUGUUAGUUGCUGCUGCAAAAUUUGGUGGCCAUGUAAUUGGAACAGAUAUUGACUUCUUAAUGCUUCAUGGGCGUACAAGGCCUACAAGAAAACAGACUAGACAUAUAGCUAGAAAAGAUGAAAGUAUUGAAGCCAAUAUGGUGCAAUAUUCAUGUGUUGACAAAUAUAUUGAUGUAAUUGUUGCUGAUUCAGCUUUACCGUUUUGGCGCAGUGACGUAGAAUUUGACUGUAUCUUAGCAGAUCCUCCAUAUGGUAUUAGAGAACCAACUGAGCGAAUAGGCUCUAAAGAAUCAUUACCUAUUAUUAAGAAGGAAGGAUCUCCUGUACAUUUCCCAUCUAAAAUAGAAUAUGGAUUAAAUGAGAUCAUCAAAGAUCUUAUGUGGUUUUCUUCCAAACAUCUUAAGUUACAUGGAAGAUUGUUAUUUUGGGUACCAGUAUUUCGACAAGAUUACAAUGAUGCACAGAUGGCUAGACAUAGUUGUUUUAAAUUAAUAGGAAACUGUGAACAGGUGUUGACGACAUUCACAGCUAGGCGGCUUUUGGUUUAUGAAAAAAUUAAAAUGCCUCAAGAUACUGAUGAAUGUAGUUCUGCAAUACCAGCUGCUAGUACUUUUAGAGAAAAAUAUUUUACUCAUGGUGAUGAACAUCGUCUAACAAGAAAGCAAAAAAAAGCAGAGGCAGCUAAGAACAAAGAAAUGUGGUUUGCAAAAUUAAAUAAUGUUAAUGUGAAAUAA